GGUCAGUUUCCUUCUCCAAUCUCCUCACUCCUCAAGCACGUGAUCCAUCAUGCUCUCAUCAUGUGACCUUCUCCCCCACUUCUCUUCUCUUCUUUUCUCUCUGCCCUUUUACUCCCCCACCUGUUCACUUUGUCACAGAUUUACUGUCUCUUCUCUCUGCAAAUUUUGCUCAUUAUUCUUCUGCUUUCUACUACACACUUCAAAAUUUUAAAAAUUAAAAUUGAAAAUUGAAUUCAGUUUACAGUUGAAUGUUGAUCUAAUUAAUCAAACAUUUCCAGAAUUUUAAAUUGAUAAUGUGAAAGAAAGUUAUGGGCUGCAUACAGUCCAAAACGACACACAUCCCUUCUCCAAACGACGCUUCUCCUCUCCCUGAAUCCGACAAGCAAAUCUCAGCAGUUGGAGAAGUAGGAGAAGGGGAUAAUCAGCAGCAGAAAGUGGCAGCAUUUAAGGAGUACAAUUUAAGUGAGCUUAGGAAAGCUACAAAUGGGUUUAGCACAGAAUGUAUAGUUUCUGAAAGUGGGGAGAAAGCACCUAAUGUUGUGUAUAGAGGAAGACUUGAAAGUAAUCGUUUCAUUGCUGUUAAACGCUUUUCGAAACACUCUUGGCCUGAUGCUCAGCAGUUUCUGGAAGAAGCAGCUGGUGUUGGAAACGUCAGGCAUAAAAGAUUGGCUAAUCUCAUUGGCUGUUGUGCGGAGGGCGAUGAGAGAUUGUUGGUGGCUGAGUUCAUGCCCCAUGACACUCUAUCAAAGCAUCUUUUUCAUUAUGAUAAACAGCCUCUUCCCUGGGAAAUGCGUGUGCGAGUGGCCUAUUAUAUUGCAUUGGCUCUCGAUCAUUGCAAUGCAGAAAACCGGAACAUUUAUCACGAUUUAAAUGCAUAUAGAGUGCUUUUUGAUGAGGAUGGUGAUCCGCGUUUGUCCACUUUUGGCCUAAUGAAGAACAGCAGAGAUGGUAAAAGCUACAGUACAAACUUGGCCUACACACCACCUGAGUUCAUGCGGACAGGAAGGGUCAUUCCCGAGAGUGUAAUCUACAGUUACGGAACCAUUCUACUCGACCUUUUAAGUGGGAAGCAUAUACCUCCUAGUCAUGCAUUGGACAUAAUAAGGGGAAAAACCUCAUUGGUACUGAUGGAUUCAUCAUUAGAAGGACAGUACAUAGACGAGGAUGCUGCUACAAUGAUCGAAUUAGCAUCAAAAUGCCUUCAGUAUGAGGCCAGGGAUCGACCUGACAUCAAAUUCCUUCUUGCAGCAGUAGAUCCCCUGCAAAAACAAAAAGAGGUUACAUCUCAUGUUCUAAUGGGGUUGCCCAAGACUGCAGUAGUGGUGCCAGUAAUGACCUCUCCUCUUGGAAAGGCUUGUGAAAGGAUGGACCUGACAGCUGUGCAUGACAUAUUGCUUAAAACUGGUUAUAGAGACGAAGAGGGUGCUGACAAUGAGCUCUCAUUUCAAGAAUGGACACAACAAGUUCAAGACAUGUUGAAUACAAAGAAAUCAGGAGACAUUGCAUUCAGAGAUAAGGAUUUCAAGAAUGCUAUUGACAACUAUUCAAAGUUGGUGGCAAUGAUGCCUGUACCUUCGGCCACUGUGUUUGCUCGGCGAACACUCUGUUACUUGAUGACAGGGCAACCCGAGCUUGCCCUAAGGGAUGCAAUGCAGGCCCAGGUAUGCAUACCAGAGUGGCCCACGGCCUUUUAUUUACAGGCUCUUGCACUCUCCAAGCUAGGGAUGGAAGCCGAUGCACAGGAUAUGCUGAAUGAUGGUGCUGCCUUUGAAGCCAAGAGGCAAAGUAGCUGGCGAGGCUGAGAUUCUUUCUUCUUUACUUACUUCUGUAAUAUUUCUGUAGCAUUUCUUGAAUUCUUUUUCUUUUUCUUUUAGCUUGAUGAGGUGCUGGUUUUAAUCAUACAUUCAUAUAUAUUAGGGUGAUAGUGCAGUAUAUUUUAGAGAAUAGAUUGCUACAUUUGUGUUAGCUCGUGUUAUUGUUAUCCGACGGGGGGUAUUCUGUCGGAGCUCUUCAAAACCCCCCUGUAUCGUACUGAUUACCAAACUAUGUUGUUUGGAACCAAAUAAAAAUGCAACCACGUUAGCAAA